AUGCAAUCGGAGAACGGAGUUUUUCUUCCGUCUAUGAAUGAGCGAGAAGGACAACAGCACGUUGUAUAUCCAAGCCCGACUCACCACAGUAAUGGAAGGGAACUCAAACCACCACGUACAUACAAAAUUGGCACACGCCCUAACAAUAUUCAUGCAGAUGGGACACCAAAGAUCCUCAGCACCCUUACCACCAAUUACAUCUCCGGCUUGAGGGCUUGUCAGCUGCUCAUCGCGGGGUUAUACAACCAAUCAUCUCGCAUGGCUGAGCUACAUAGGAUCCACACCAAAAGGUGUCGUAGUAUUGAGCAUGUGGGCGAAUUUUCUGGUGAGCAGAAAUCUCUGUUUGUUUGCUCGCGUGAUAUUGGUCUGUUGGGGGAUGUCUCGCGACAUGAGAUGAAAGUGGUUUUGUUAGUUGAUUUUGUGAAUUGGGGAAGGAGUCACACAGACUUUGGGACGGGAAGAUAUCAGGGCGAAGGAUUGCGGGGAAAGUACGAGGAGAAGUGUGGAGGUUAG